UUUUGAUUGACACUUGGCUAAAUCAAAAUUACUCAGAUUAUUAAUGUUAGUACACAAUAAAUUUAAAGCCAAACAACUCAAGAUUGAUAUUUUAAAUGUGGAGCACAUUUUUAUUCAAGUGGAUUAUGAUUUCGCCAUAAACGAAAUGUGCUGUCGCUAUAAAAGGCUGCUACUCGUAUAAUAAAAGACAAACAUAAACGGCAGGAAUGCAAAAUCAAUUUUAAGUUUUCUAUAUAAAGAUCAGGUUUAUAUAGAAAAUAUAGCUUUUCUAUAAAAGACUUGAAAAGCCCAAGAGAAAAGUGAAUAGAAGCCAAAAAUUUAACUUUGCCGCUGCAAAACAGACAAUAAAUCCUGUUAAAGUUAAAUAUAAAUAUGACAACAUUAUUUAAAGCGAAGAAAGUAAAUAGAUCUGAUGUUUCACAGGUUUUAACAGUAUUGGCUUUAUUUGUAUCACCUGUAUGUAGCCAGGUUAGUCACAUAAAAAUGGCAAAGUCGUAUGAAACAGCCGCGUUUUUUGAAGAUGUACCAAACAAGGAAAUAGACGCCAUCGAGGGACAAACUAUAGUCAUUCCAUGUACAGUUAGAAAUUUAGGCGCAGAAAAAGUGGUCUCCUGGAUAAGAUCGAAAGAUAUUCAGAUUCUCACUACCAGUCAUUACACAUUUUCAAGUGAUUAUAGAUUUGAGGUGGUGCACUCCGAUAAAAAUGAGGAUUUUUGGGGAUUAAGGAUACGAGGGAUCAAACCAAGUGAUACAGGACAAUAUGAGUGCCAAGUUAAUACUGAACCAAAAAUGAGUUUGGCAUAUAAUUUAAUUGUAUCAAGUUUAGGUCCAGACGAUCAAUCUAAAUGGUUAGGAUAUGCCAGUAUUAAAGCAGCAAAUGAAACUUUUAUCCGUCACGGUUCACCAUUCUUUAUCAGCUGUGAAAUAUCACACAGACUGAGAAAACAUCUAAACUUAGAUGUUUGGUGGUUACACGAAGAUACACAAAUAUUUGUACAGCUAAAAGAAUCUAGAAUCUCAAUACAAACGACCUAUAAUAAGGAUCGCAAUAUCAUAAACAGUAUUCUCAGCUUCCAAUAUAUCACGUGGCAGGAUGGAGGGACAUACACCUGUUUACAACCAUCUAUCAGAAAAGAUAGUAUAAAAUUGAUAAUUGUUGAAGGUGAAUCUUCUGAGGCUAUGCAAAAAGAUUGUCCAGUUUCAUCAACAUCUUCCUGUCAUUUUGUACCUUAUGUUACACACUUUAUUAUGUUUUUCAUAAUAUUUACUUAAAAGCUUUUUGGAACUAAAUCAAAUAAACUAUACAUGUGCUAUAAUUAUGCAAAAUAAAUACAAAUACGUAUACAAACAUU